AUGCAAGGUUGGAGAGGAGAGGUGUCUGCAGUUGAUGAAGAAAAGAACAAGAGAAUCCUUGAAGUUCUCAAGGAGAAGGGAGUGGAAUGGGAGAAUGAGAGGAACCCCCCAAUGGCCCUCGAGACCAGGACUGGGAGUGGGACAACCGGAUUCUUAGAGUCCCUAUCCGUUUCGCUCACAGGAUCCCUCCUCCACCUGCCUCUCCUGAAGAGAGAGAACAAAGUCACAUCAGAUGUGCACUGA